AAGCACCCUUUGCAUAUAGGCUUAAUUCCAAUAAUGAAAUGGAACAAGUGACCAUAGACAAAAUCAGAGAUUCAGAAGGCAAAAUCGAUGGCAGCUUGUAUCAAGCUGACCAUGUUUUUGAGGCACAAAUUUUCACAAAUUUCCUUAAUAAAGAUGAAUAUCUUAAUAGCUUGGAAGAAGUUGUUCAACAAUCAAUAUGUGUAGAAGUUAAAUUAAUACUCGCCAAAGGGGCCUUAAUAAGAGGUGGGAAUUUAGGAAAAGAUUUAGUGUAUGAAGAUCCAGUAAUACAAUAUCUAGCUUUUGAAGAUGUCAACAUUGCAUUUUCCAAGACUCGUAUAGAAAUGAUCAAUGUUUUUCGUGAGCUUCUAAACAAA